AUGUACGCCUUAGGUUCGCAUUAUAAACCAGAGUGGAAGGAUUUGGAAAAACGGCCUUUACCCCAGUGGUAUGACACCGCAAAAAUUGGCAUUUUCGUUCAUUGGGGUAUAUAUUCUGUACCAGGUUUUAAAUCUGAAUGGUUUUGGUACAACUGGAAGACUGGUGACGAAGAUACGAAUAACUAUAUGAAAAAUCAUUUCACCGAUAUACACACGUACAGGCAGUUUGCGCCGAUGUUUACAGCAAAAUCGUUUAAACCUGAUAAAUGGGCAAAACUUUUUGUAAAUGCAGGAGCACAAUACGUUGUUCUAACCACCAAGCAUCACGACGGCUUCGCUUUGUUUCCGUCGAUGGUAGCAGGUUGGAAUUCAGUAAACGUAGGACCGAAGAAAGACAUAGUGGAUAUGCUGUCAAAGUCCGUUAGAAAAUACAACAUGAAGUUUGGUAUUUAUUAUUCCUUGUACGAGUGGUUUAACCGUAUAUACUUAGACGAUAAAGCAUGCAAUUGGCAGUACCAUUUUAACAACUGUUCUACAUACACUGAUAAUGUAGUCGUUCCACAAAUCAGGCAGUUAAUCAAUAACUACCGUCCUUCAGUGCUAUGGACCGAUGGAUCAAAUGAGUGCCCUCAUGAGUAUUGGAAAGCCACAGAUAUAAUAGCUUGGCUCUACAAUGAGAGCCCUGUUAAGGAUGAGAUAGUAGUCAAUGAUAGAUGGGGCUUGGGGACAACAUGUCGCUAUGGUGACUUCUACACCUGUGACGAUAGAUUCAACCCUAGAAAAUUGCUAUACCAUAAAUGGGAAAACGCGUUUAACACAGAUAUACUGUCUUGGGGUUUUAGAAAAAACAUAGCGCCUGAAGAAAUUAUGAGCUUUGAAGAAUUGCUACGAACGGUUGUCGUUACAAUAAGCUGUGGAGGAAAUGCCCUUAUUAAUGUAGGACCAUCGAAAGAGGGAACUAUACCACGUGUAUUUCGAGAACGACUACUAAGUCUGGGUGAAUGGCUCAAAAUUAAUGGCGAAGCAAUUUAUGACACUUCACCGUGGUUUCACCAAAACGACAGCCUGAAUUCGGAUGUCUGGUACACUUGCAAGAAACAAACAUAUGAUCCUUGGAGAACCUCACAUGUACCAAAUAAAAACGAUAAAAUUUUAGCUGUUUAUGCAAUUUUUUUGAAAUGGCCAGUAAACAGCUUAUUAAUCGUCGAAGACUUGAAGUAUUACAUGGAAAACAGCACCUGCCACGUAAAGUUGUUGGACACCGUAAACAGUACUCCUGUCACAGUAAGUAAACAAGAGUCUAGGGAUAGGAUGGUCAAAGUCACUUAUGAAGACUUUGGGAAUAAAAAAAAAUGCGUGGAAAACUUUUGA